UUUUAAUACAGAGUCAGAUCCUAGAUCCUUUAUAUUAGGAAAAAAAAAGGUUAAGUCAGUAAAACACAAGAAGAAAUACAGAGAGAGGCAGAAGAAAGACAAAACCAGGGUGGCAAGCUUAGCUUUAGAUUCUUGACUAUGAUCGAUUUAUUAAUAGAGUAGAUUAUGUUUGUUUCUGCUUGAUCAUGCAUUCCUUUUUAGGAAUUUAAACACCUCAAAGAAUCCACCCACUUGGGCUUAACGUAGCUUGUCAGUACCGCACCCCUUCUCACCGAAAAGAAGAUUGCUGUGUCAAAAAAUUUUAUGCAACUUCCUCUGUUCAAAAAGUAUGGAUCGCCGGGACAAAGCAUGUUUAUUUAAACUUAAUUAUAGCACAUAGUUCACUGGCAUGCAUGACUCUGCUCCAGCAGUUCAUUAUAACAUAAAUGGAAUAUCCUGUGUGACAACUGGCUGGACCAUUGCCAUGAUCAUCUUGAUGUCUUUGGCUAAGUUCUUCACGACAGCUCAUCCCACUCCUAUGCCACGAAGAAAAGAGGGUCUGCAGAAGCUGCAGCGAGAUUUGCGCAGUCUGUCGAAGAGCUGGCCUGGCGAUAUGAAAGAGAUAUUGCAAGACUUUGAACAUGAUCUUACCUCCCUGCCUGUGCUGAACUACACAGCAAAAGACCUGACAUCACUUGAGGUGAGCAGCACAUUAGCACAGCUGUACUCUGGUCUUAAAUCCUUCAUGUUUCAUCUCGACUGGUUGCAGAAGAAUCAGGAACAAUCAGAGACUGAUUUUUCUAAGACAAAGAAGAUUUUUCAUCAAGUCCAGGCUAUCAGCCGUACCCUGCUCAGAGAGAUCGGGACCACACCUUCUGAGCUUGUCUACCCCACCCUGCCUCCUCUGAAUACAGCUUGGAGCAUUUACCAGGCCACUAUGGAGAUCAAUAAGAAACUGUAUUACUUUUGUGACUGGUACUCUAGAGCUUUAGGAGUCCUGAAACAUAAACAAUAAUGACUCACAUCGUAUGACACCAGUAGUCCUCACCUCAACUCAUCUCCAUGAUGUCAACCAAUGGUGAGGGUAAACAGGCAUCUUCUUACUUGCCUUAAAGUUUCAAGGAAUGGGAUGAAUCUUCCAGCCUACAUUUCACCACUUUCCUUGAUUACACUUUACUAAGUCAUAUGAUCUUCCAUUCUGCCACAUUCCACCAUUUGACAGUCCCUAAUGUAUGAUGAUACUGUUUUUAUUCUGUUUCAUUUGUAAGUUAUGUAUUUAAUAUUUAAGGUUAUUUAUUGGAGAGUUCUCUGUUUACAAUGAAGUAUUUUUAUACAAUGAAUGAGACAAUUAGCACUUGUGUGUGUCAUUUCAGUAUGGGAUUUUGUAUGUAAAAUCAGCUGCACCAGUUGCAACCACAACAACCACUAGAUGUGGCUAAGAAAUGUGUUAUUGUGGUUAAACGGUGAAGUAUAAUUAAGUGUUGCAUUUCAGGACCUGCACUAAUUUAUCAAUCCUAUUUUUGUAAAGUUACGUUCUUUGCCACAGUAGAAAAUGCUCCUGGAUCAGCAUCCCUGGAUCAACCUAAGCCUUAGGUUUAGGGCUUGAACAACGUUCUUAUUAACCUACAGUAUUAUUUCCCUCUGGUUUUAGGGGCAGCUAAUGGCUAGGAUUGGGGAUAGGAUUAGGACUAUGUUUGUUAGACAGGAAUGUCUCCCCAGAACCAAUGAAGAUGUUUAUCUAGAAACACGUCCAACUUGGCAAAUAUCAGGGUCACCAAAUGAUGAUACUGGGCAUUCAGACUGAUAACACAAAAUAACAAAGUUUCUAUAGGGCUAAAGAAUAUAACAGCUGCUGUGAACAUAAUGAAACGUAGCUUGAAGUGUACUUAAGGCAUUUCUAUUGUUUUAUUCGGUGUUCUUAUAUGUUUAGUCUAAAUGAAAAUUAAGUGCCAACAUAAUGUAGAGAUAGUGUACUAAUACUAAGAAAGAGGCCAUUGCAUUACUUGAAUCCAUUGUGAAUAAUGCCGAAGUCCUUUUCAUUUUGUCAGAGGUGUAGUUGAAUGGAAAAAAUGACACAUUUAGAUCUGAUAUAAUCAUUCAGUUAAAAGUUUCAUUCACGCAAACCAGGCUUGUGAUGCUCAGGAAAUGAGAAGAUGUUAACAUCUGAUAAUGAUUUGGAAAAAUCAUUCUGUCCAACAGUACUACGUAAACCACACUUAAUUUCACCUGGCUCUGCGUUUGCAAGCUUAAUGAGUUGGAUGUAUUUUCUGUGUUUUUUGUGUUUUUAUA